AUGGCCUCUACUCUUAAUCGUGUUCGGCACGACGUUCAAGCUCCAGAUUACCCGAACAACAGUGCCAACCUGGGUCAGCACCAGCACCACCAGUCUUUGCACGAGCUGUCCACGAGCACCUACAACGACGGCUACCGGCCCUCAACGCACAACAUCUUCAACAUCUCCGGCCCGCUGACGCACAACCUGCACCUCACCAACUCGGCAACCUCGUCCGGCGCGCCCUUCUCCAACUUGCACGCCUUCUCCCUCCUGCAGACAAUCCACCGCCCGCCUGAUCUUGGCUGCGCGUCCUCACUCGGGACACGUCACCACCACCACCCCAGCUCGCUGCACGACUUCUCCACCCUGGCGCACUUCAACUCGACCCUGCCCAUGCUCAACUCGUCCAUGCGCUUCGACCCACACCCACCGCAACCGCACAAGCAACAGCCGUCCUCGCUCGUGUCCUCCUCCUCGCACAUACCCUCAAGCACCAGCGUCCCCUCAGACUCGGACUUCCACUCUCGCUCUCGGGCGCCCUCCAGCAGCCCCGGCCCAACCCGCAUGCAGUCCACAUCCUGCGCCAAGCGCAACUCGAUGUCCUCCAGCAGCCCUCUCCCACACCCCCAGCCCGGCCCGAUCAUCGUCCCCCCCGCUCCUCCUCCUCCAAGAUUAUCUAUACUACUGUUGGACAGUGUUGUAGUGUAG